AUGGAUACUAGUGAGACGCCGGUAUCACCUACGACAAAGAUUGGCUCUGGGUCCCAUGAUCGUGUGGCUGGGGAUGAUGCACAGUCCCAAGCAAUGCUAUGGAUUUUGGAGAAGAAGCUUAAGGGAGUUGUUUCUCUACUUCGCGACGAAGCAUACCAGUGGUGGUUGACAGUUAAGGAGAGCACUCAGCCCGACCGAUUGACCUGGGAUUAUUUUAAGACUACGUACAAGGGUAAGUAUGUGGGGGCCAACUAUAUUGAUGACAAGAGGCGUGAGUUUCUUAAUCUCACCCAAGAAAACCAUUCAGUGGCUAAAUAUGAGGCCAAGUUCUUGAGGUUGAUCCGUUAUGCGCGAGGCAUGGUGGCAACUGAGUAUGAGCGCUGUGUGAAGAUUGCCGAGGAAGUUAAGCGUGCUGAGCGCCAAAAUCGAGAGAAAGGAAAGAAUAAGAGGGAAUUGGAGCCCUCGAGUUCUGCGAUGAGGCCUAAGAAAAAGGUCAAACCUGAUGGGCCAGUCAGAGUUAGGGUCCCCAUUGUAUCUACUAGGGUGGCGCUGUGUGGGCACUAUGGUAGAUGCCAUUCAGGCGAGUGUUGGAGGACUACUAGGGUGUGCUUGAGAUGCGGGUCGACUGAGCACCGUGUUCGGGAUUGUCUGUUAAGUACUGAUCAGAUGCAAGCUUCAGUUACUGGGACUGUACAGCCGCCGAGGGUAGUUCAGCAGCCACAUAGGAGCCGUGGUCAGGAUAGGGGUGGUAACGGCAUGGACAUAGGCUCUACCCAUUCAUAUGUGGCUAGUAUUGUGUCUGAAACCUUGGGCAUUCCAGUUGAGAGUACUUUUAGCGAAGUAACUGUUUUGGUUAAACACCGAGUAAGUCUGGACUGUGUGACUAAGAGGGUUGUUUUGAAAACCGAGGAAGACGUCGAGGUAGUUGUGAUUGGGGAACAUUCUAGGAACUCUUCGGUUAAAGACAUCAGAAUACUGAGGGAUUUUCCAGAUGUGUUUCUUGAGGAGUUACCGGGGUUACCUCUGAGCUGUGAGGUGGAGUUUGAGAUUGAGUUGUUUUCUGGCAUAGCUUUGGUGUCUAUCGCCCCUUACAGAAUGGCACCAAAAGAGCUGACAAAACUUAAAGCUUUAAGAACAAGUACCCACUUCUGA